AUGCAAUCCAAUCCGGUCAUUGAGGAUGAAAUGGCGCUCGAUGGCGCUAUUUCUGCACACAAAACGCCACAGAUUGGCUUCACAAUGGAAGCCGCCCCACAAAAAGAGGACCUGCCCCAAAUUGACGUUAAUCAGCACUCUGCAUUUUCGAUGGAUACCGAUCGGCAAUCCACAGAUGGAGGCUUUGAUACUUGCAGGGAAGAAACCGAUUUAUUUGAGCGUCUGUUCACAGUUUUUGAACGGUUUUGCCGUUUCGGAGUACCAUCUGGCCAAUUGUCUGCUGCAGGUGUGCCUUUGAUGGAUGGGUCACGAUACGUAAAAAUUUUCCGUGAUGCGGGCAUCCUCGGGGGUAAUCAUGGGCUUUCCGGACGACGGGCAACGUCUACAGAUUGUGACAUUGUUUUCAACUCGAUCAGGCGCAUCAAUGAGCGCAAAAUCAACUUUGACCAGUUCGUGGCAAGCAUUGAUGCUUUGGCAGCGCGUAUCGGCACUGAAGUCGCACCGUUGCUACAACUGGUGGCAGCCUCCACAGGCCCAACUCUGAUGGGUACAACGACACCCCAUGCACCAGCAUUAGCUACUGGACAGAGACUUUCCCUUGCAGAACGAUCGCAACUAGCGACCGAAAGGUCCAUGCUGGCCAUUGAAAGAUCGACGAUUCCCACGGCUCGACACUCGAUUGGGUCCCCAUAUAAACAUCAAAGGGCUGAGGUGAACCGUUCGCCGAGAUACUCCUUACGCUCGCAGCCUAACACCGAAAAAAUGGUAAGAUAUAUUUUUUGA